GAACAGGGAGCGUUGGAUUCCGACCUGCGAGAGGUGCGCCUGGAUCUUUGUGCCCCCAAGCGUGGACGAGUCUUCCCUCGCUGGGCACAAAUAGACGUGGAAAUGGCCUACCUGGAGGCCCUCGAGUUUUCAUGGCCGGGAAUUCCUGGCGAGUUCGUGACAUACACAGUGCAAUGGAGGAGCAGCGCAGAUGGAGUCCCCGACGAGAGCCAGGCGGAACCAGUCCAGGGUGUCCAGGAGGAGUGUGAGGAUCUUGUGAUCGGCGCCGGCGUUGUCGGAAUCUGCACAGCCUACAGCCUGGCGAGCUCCAGCUGGAUCAAUGGCACCCUCAUCUGCCCAUCCCUGAUGCUGCCCUGGACUGGGCCUCAACUGAUCCCGAAGGUCUUCAAGUCCUUCUAUCAGCCUGGGCAUCCACUGAAAGUCCAUCCCAGAGCCCUCUUAUCUUCCGAUACUUAUUUCUUUGGGCUGCACUACCUGGCAUCCUGUCGGCCAGGUCAUGGCAAGAGGACCACGAGACGUCUGGCGAACCUGGCGCGCUACUCCCGGCACUGCUUGGAGGGUCUGCUCCGGAGCCACCAGGAGCUGAACGGUUACAUGGAUCGGAAGGCAAAAGGGACCCUUCAGGUCUUUGAGGACAAGGCAGCCUUGCAGGCAUGUCUGGAUGCGUCUGAGCAGAUCCAGCACGCCGGGGUUCCACUAAAUGUGGUCCGGGACGAGAACAUGGAGGGCGCUAGCGACAACCUCGCCGAAAGGCUGCGGCGGCAGGGCCUCGAGGCACUCUACCUCUACUCACCUCUUGAUACCAACGGGGAUUGCGCGAAAUUCACUCACUUCCUAGAGCGUCAAUGCCAAGAGCUCGGUGUUGGCUUCGAGUACGAUUCUGCCGUGCAAGGUUUUCAAGAGAAGAGUGGGCUGUGGGAGGUCGUGUUGCGAGAGCAGAAACCCAUUCGGACAAGGAAUGUAAUUCUUUGUGCCGGUGUUGGCAGCCCUGUAUUGGCGGCCAUGCUUGGCCUACGAUUGCCGAUGGCUCCUGUAAAGGGAUAUGCCAUCACGGUCCCACUGAAGCCUGGAGUCCAGCAGCUCUCUUCCAACGUCGUCCAGGAUUCAAGCAAGCUGUACCUUGCACCUUUGGGCCCUGAUUUGGUUCGAAUUACUGGAUUCGCUGAAUUUGCAGGGUUCGAUUGUUCCGUUGACCUUGAUCGGGCGACCAUCUUGGCGAUGCAAGCAGAGAAGCUUUUGCCAGACUGUUUGGAUUGGGACCGAGCUGAGUACCACACUGGCCUGCGUCCUCUCAGUGCCGAUGAUGUCCCCAUCAUCGGCGAAGCGAAGCCGAACUUCUUCUUGAACACAGGGCAUGGUUCUAAAGGCUGGACACAUGCAGCCGGAAGUGGACAGCUUGUGGCAGACCUCAUUGCUGGAGAUGCAGACGGAGGUCCAGGGCUGCAGCGCUUCAGGGAAGAUUCCAUCAGGGAGGAAAGAGAUGUGGUGCUGCGCUGCAAGGACGGUCCGAGGUGCACAUCGUCACGUGCGUUGGUGCACGGCCUGCCCCAGGCCACGUGCAUCCAGGUUCGAGUUCUUGCCAGCGUGACAGGGCCACAAAUCGACUUCGUGGAGCUGGAGAUACUGGGUCCCUGGACGGAGAUUCGGACGGCCUCGCCGCUGCCUGGAGAAGAUGUGAAGGCUCUUGGAGAUCGUGACCUUCUUGGAGGCUACCGAGGUGGAUGCCUGCGAUCCUCGUGCAGCGGCUUCUUGGCUGCGACUACGCUGCACUCAACACAUGCUGAGCAAUGUCGCCGCUGCGGCUGCUCGUAUGAGGAGCACAUAGAGCUCGAAGGAGAGCCUGUUCCAGUCAAGGAGGAAGUCUCGCCAGAUGCGGGCGUGGAGCAAGAAGCUUCCGAGGCGAAGAACCAGCCCGAUGCCUCUGACCCUGACGGCUUCGUGCAGCAGGAGGAGGGGCAGGACCAGGAGGAGGUUGAAUCUGUCCAGUCGGCAGAUGUUGAGAACGCCAGCGAUAUGGAAGCGGAAGAGGAACAGGAUGAUGACAGGAUGGGGGAGGAGCUUGCGCCAGAGAAGGAUCCCACGGAAGCAGAGGCAAGCACAGAGGCAGAUGGACGUUGCCAGGAGGAUGUGGAUGACAAUGCCUGUUGGGAAGACUUCCUGGAAGCCGAAGAUGGCGAAGAUGAGCCUCAGGAGGUCCAAGCCGACAUGGUCGAGGGCAUGGAGGACUUCACCGGUGCCCAGAUCAUAUCCUCGGAGGAACCGGCAUCCGUGCAGCCGGAGCAAGAAAGUGUUGUGGAGAAGGUGUUCUUCUCGCCGACAGCAAUCAACAUACUGUCUGCACCAUCCGUAUCGGCUUCUUCAAGAGGACUUUUGGACUCAGGCACCGUGGUAUCUGGAUGCUUGAAAUCUGGCUGGCUGAAGCUGGACGAGGAGAGCAAGGAGCAGCUGCUCUUGGGCGGUGAAGCCUGGAUCUCCGUAGAGAGCUUGGUCGAGAAGGAAGCCAGGACCACGGAGGACGAGACCGAUGGCAUGGAGCACUCAUCCCGGCAAGCGGAGAAAUUGCUUGGGCAAGGCAUCGAGUAUCGAGCGAUGCACGAGUUUCAGUGCUAUCCCAGUCCAUCAGAACUCGGGGAAAACAUGCAUGGAAUGGCAAUCAGCCAGGGAGAAGGAUUGGUUGGCUAUCCAAGUCAUCACCAUUGGAUUCGCCUCGUGGCCUCGGAGACCAAGACUGAGUUCAUCUCACACUGGGUGUUUCAAGAUCCUGGACGUCCGGUGCUUGAGGCGUCCUGGAGUCGACUGAAAGUCUCCCAGACGCCCUCGGGUGUCCUGCACCUCAGCUGGCCAGGUCUGGCAGUUUCUCCUUUGAGUACGGUCUACUACGCUCUGGAGUGGAUCAAGCGCGGCGCAGACAUAGCACUGGGCUGCGGUUUGACUCCUCGCCCUGAGUGUACACUCGUGACAUGUCCUGCGGACGUACAGUUUCGGAUAAGUGCCUUCGUGAAUGACCAAGAGAGGAGUUUGCACAUCACGAGCCCCUGGCAGUCUGACUUUGUGGUGGAGCAGCCGCCGCCGGAGCCGCCAGAGGUGCAGGUGUCUGAGACGGCCGAGGCCCAGGAGGCGCAGCUGGAAACUGAAGCUGAACUCCCUAUCAGUUCUCCGGAUGCGGAACCGGCAGAAGCGGUGGAAGACGAAGCCGCCUGCCCGAAGGAGUCUGAGAGCCUUGCUCCAGCUGAGAAGAUCAGCGGGAGCUCUGAUGCUGCGACGGAGCCUUCCAAAGGCAGUCACGAGAGCUCAGGCACGGGAGAUGAAGCAAAGACGAUGCAGCCUGGGCACAGCUCCUGGUUUCAGGUAGUGCAUCGUGGCGGCGUUUUCCUUCGUGACGGUCGAAGCAGUGAGUGUGCGUCGAAAGGUCGGCUGGCGUUUGGGCAACGCGUGUUCGGAGUUCUGAGCGGUGAGUGGCUCCAGGUUGAGAAAGACUCGCAAAACGAAGCGGUGGAGGGCCCCCUGUACGCGCUGGUGGACGGCAAGGACUGGGGCCUGGGAGCUCUUAUGGAAGAGGUGCCUCUGGAAGCAGCCGCAGAAGCGGAAGGUUCCGCGGAAGCGGCACCGGGCUCGGAGCCUCGACCCCAGCCGCCCCAGCCUGAGCCCGGCGAAGCGACCAAAAAAGCAGGGCCUGCUCAGAAGGCUCGCCAAGCAGCCAUACGCCGUGCUGCUGCGGUUGCAGAGGAGGUUCUGGCCAGACCUCUUGAAUAUACCGUGGUAGUUGAAACGCCAGCAUAUUGCGAGCCGGCACCACAGGCAUUGCCUGCACCAGGAGGAUUAUUUCGUGCGGGACAGACGGUCACGGGGUUUCCUGGCAAUGCCAGCUGGAUUCGGGUAGCGUCAGCAGACGCUGGAGGCGAGUGUUGGGCUCCGAUCAAAAGUGCUGGUUCUGCAAAGGAGGUUUUCCUGAGUCCGGCCUGGGCACAGCUGCAAGCUGAGGAAGUCUUCAGUGAAGCCUUGGUGGUGAGCUGGCCAGGUCUUGCAGCCCCCAAGCCCCCAUAUGUUGCAGCCUACAGCAUCGAAUGGAGGCUUACUCCGGGCGAGGAGCUACCUAUCGGCGCAGGAGACGGGCAAGACUUCAAGAAGAGUGGGUACGCGCUGAGUCUCCAGCCACGUGCUACCCUGCAUGGGUUGCCUCCGGGCGCUGCAGUCCAGCUGCGAGCUGGAGUUCGCGUGGCUGCGCAAAGCGCAGGGCAAGCGGAUUUUCGGCUGAUGGGUCCUUGGCAAGAUUUUACAACGGGCAGCCCUCUAACUGAAGAGGAGGAGGCAGAGCCAGCGAGAAGCAUCGAUCCCUUUGGUGCUGCUCGUGGAGGGUGCGAAGGCAGCCAAUGCCGUGGCUACGUAGCAGAUUUGGAUGCGAUGGCAUCGGUCGGUGCCAAUGCUAACUUCCUGGUACACAAAGCGAUUUGUGUGCGCUGCGGCAAGUCCUUCGAAGCGCACGAACGUAUCGAGGCGUCUGUCUCGGCGUCACGCCGAGGCAGAGCUGCAAAAGUGGUGCAGGUCGCGAAGCUGUCUGAGCCCAACUCUGGCGGGCCUCCCGAGGAUGAUGAGAACUUAAGAACGUUUCAGGUGGUGCACGCAAUGGUCUUUGUCCGUGACCGUGCCAGCGUGAAGGGCAGGACGCUGGGUGUUCUCAAAUCAGGAGAACGUGUCCGAGGAUGGCAACGUUCAGGCUGGCUGCAGUUGAGCCGGACCAGCUCGCUAGACGUCUCCAAAGAGAUUCGGGAUUCAUGGAUUCUGAUUCACGGCGCCGAAGUUGGGCUUGGCCAGCUGAUGCAGGAAGUCAACGAGACGGCCGUGGAAGCCGCGCUGCACAAGGCAUGCACUGCACAGGAGAGCUCUUCCAACCUUGAGGCUGGUCGUGCCCAGGGCACAAAGCAGGAUGUCCCUGUGACCAAAGCCAACGCAGGCUCAAGUGCACGGUCAUCUGCGAAAGCUGGCCAGAUGGCUGAGAUGGAGCAGGCUGCUAGAGACACCAGGUCUGUCCUGGGAGUGCCGAUCCAGUUCAGCGUGGUUGGUAGCGCUGACCUUCCGAUUCGGGCGAAGCCCUCCUCCGAAGAAGCACAGGUUGGCGCCUUGAAGCCUGGUGCUGCUGUGCUGGGGUAUCCCGUUGGCGAGUGGAUGAAGAUCGAGGCAUCCACAACAAGCCAGUGGAAUCUCUUGUUUCCAUUUAUUUUGCAACCGCACGUCCGCAAAAGUGCAGCCUUCAGCUUAGCGAUGGAAGAUGGAGAACUCGACAUCGAAGGCCCGGGCCCGGGUCGGAAAAGCGAGGAGUCGCUCUCCUUGGACACCUCAGACCGCUUCCAGGAGCUCCUACAAGAGCUCCUUUCUGAACACCGCCUGCGUGUCAGCGAGCUGCGAGAGGCGAACCAACAGUUGCACCAAGAGAUAUGCGAGCUUCACAUGAGACCUUGUAGCGAGGAUGCAGGCGAACCAAGUGUACCAAAGGAGCUUUGGUCCCAUGAGAUUACGACGCCGCCACCGUCCACAGGAGCUGGCUCUCCGGAUGCGCACAGCAGAUUGAGGAACCAGCGAAAGGUGCCAACAAAUAUGACGUUCCCCCAUGACUUGGAAGCAUCAGAUGCCCUGUCGGCAGCAUCGCGGUUCAGGACAAGCAGAGAUCCUCAAGGUUUCCGGCGAGCCAAGACAGACAUUGAUGCGCUUAUGCAGGCUACGGAUAGCAACCAUGACGGCUUUAACCUCAAGGCAGUGUGGACGGACUAUUUGGACACCGAAAAUGACGUCGGCAGUGGCUUCCAGCACUACUUUGCAGCCAUGAAGGGAGCCAGGAUGGACAGGGACAGUGGCGAAAGGGCGCCAACAAGCCCCCUCAGACUGAUGAGAGGAUCACGUCGUGAGCUGAUGAAUUUGGCAAAUGUGGCCAGCGAGGAGAGAUGGAAACGCGCCCUGGCCAUUGCAGCGAAGCAAUGCAAGCCAGGCAUCAUCUCUCCCAGUGGCACCUACCGGAUGUUCUGGGACCUGCUAGGACUGUUGCUCAUCCUGUACGACACAGUCACCAUCCCUCUGCAAGUUUUCGAGAUAAGCAGAGAUCAAUGGUCCGUAACUAUGGACUGGGUAACACUCUUCUUCUGGACCCUCGACAUGUUCCAAUCCUUCUUCACGGGAUACUUCCAGGAAGGCGUAAAGGUCAUGGAUCCAAGGCGAAUAGUCAAGAACUAUCUGAGAAGCUGGUUCUGGCUCGACCUGCUAGUCGUCGGGCCGGAAUGGUUCACAUCAAUGUCGCCUGAUGCAUUCGGCUUGGAUGGCGUUGGCAUCGGCCGAAUCUUACGUCUAGGUCGAGCCAUGCGAGUGCUCCGAUUGCUCCGGCUUUUCAAGCUGCGACGUAUCGUCGAUGCCCUGCUGGAGCUGGUGGAGAGCGAGUAUGCCUUCACCAUCAUCAACCUUCUGAAGCUUUUGUUUGCCGUGUUGGUCCUCAAUCAUGUCAUCGCAUGCGUAUGGUAUCUGGUUGGGAAGACAGGUGCAAGCAUGGGACAGUACAGCUGGUUCGAAAUGAGCGGGCACUAUCCGAACGACAGCAUCUACAUGUACUUCACUUCACUGCAUUGGAGCUUGACGCAGUUCACCCCAGCUUCGAUGAAUGUUUCUGCAGCCAAUACAAUGGAGCGGAUCAUGUCCAUUUGUGUCCUUUUCUUUGCGAUGGUGGCCUUCUCGUCCAUCGUCGGGCAUAUCACCGCUUCCAUGUCGCAUCUGCAAAACCUUCGCGGUGCUCAGAUGAAGCAGUUCUGGAUGCUCCGACGCUACCUGAAGCAGCGCUGCAUUCGCCGAGACUUGCAGCUCCGAAUUACCAAGUUUUUGGAGUACAAGACUCAGAAAGAGCACGAUCUGGUGCAUAGCAGUAGCGUGGUGAUCUUGGAUCAGCUCUCUGAGCCCCUUCGGAAAGAGUUGUCGUAUGAAAUCAUGAUACAAUGGCUGAUGUCACAUCCCUUCUUUGAAGUGUUAAGUUCAAAGAUGCCGGUAAUCAUGCACAGGCUGUGCCAUCUUGCUCUGACGGAGAUCGCCCUUGCGUCUUCAGAUGUGGUCUUCACCGCAGGUCACGAAGGCAAGCAGAUGCUCUUCGUGAAGCACGGUGAGCUUGAGUACAUGCGGCUGGGUCGCGAAGCCCUCGACCCACCAUUGCUGCAGAAGGACUGGUUUGUGGAAGCUGCCUUGUGGGUGUCAUGGCGGCACAUGGGAGACUGCAGAGUGCUGUCACCAGGCGAGCUCAUCGCCAUCAGCAACGACGUCUUCGCCAAAGAGAUGCGCUUGCAUCACCUGCCCUGGAGUUUCUGCAAGAUGUACGCCAUCCGAUUCUGCGAAAAGCUGAAUGCAAUCGAGCCCAAGGAUUUGAGCGAUGUGCUUCGCGAAGAGACGAUGCUCACGAACGUUACUGUCCAUGAGGCAACGGAAGACAUCUUCAAUGAUGCUGACACGGGGGAGAUGCAGCAGCUUGCGGCGUCCAAGGUGUCCUUGCAGACCACCUGA